AUGCUACCUCAGCUGCGCUGCAUGCUCCACGCCCUGGGCAUGCGUCGCCAAGGGCUUUCGAGCUGCCAUCUAGGCCCACCGCUUCGGCAGCUACUACAGCCAGUGCCCAGACCAUGCCUCGGUCUACUCAAUGGCUCAGUGCAGCGCUCUGGCCUCCUGCAGCUCCCGGUGACCUGCACGUGCGGCUGUGGCUCUCUGCACACCGAAGGAAACAAAGCCUUUGUAGAGCUUUUGACUGAUGAAAUUAAGGAAGGGAAGAAAAUCCAGAAGCAUAAGUCCAUUCCCAAGAUGUCUGGAGACUGGGAGCUGGAAGUGAAUGGGACAGAGGCUAAAUUAUUGCCCAAAGUUGGUGGAGAAAAGAUCGCUGUCACUUUCAGCAUUAACAACAGCAUCCCUCCAACGUUUUAUGGCGAGGAGGAGCCCUCACAAGGGCAGAGGGCUGAAGAACAGGAGCCGGAACUGACAUCAACUUCCAAUUUUGUGGUUGAAGUGUCCAAGAGUGAUGGCAAGAAGACCCUGGUGCUGGACUGUCAUUAUCCUGAGGAUGAGAUCGGACAGGAAGAAGAAGCCAAGAGUGACAUUUUCUAUAUCAAGGAACUUAGCUUCCAGAGCCUUGGUGACUCUGAAUGGAGGGACACUAACUACACACUCAACACGGAUUCCCUGGACUGGGCCUUGUGUGACCACCUAGUGGAUUUUCUUGCGGACCGUAGGGUGGACAACACUUUUGCAGGUGAGUUGGUAGAGCUCAGCACAGCCAUAGACCACCAGGAAUACAUCACUUUCCUUGAGGACCUCAAACGCUUUGUCAAGAGCCAAAUAGAACCGUCAGAGACAGGAGGCCUGAGUUCAAAUGGCAGGCUUUGGCCAGUGAACAAAAGCUACCUAGACAUGAGAAUUAUGCUUUGA